AACUCGAGACAGUUCGUGACGAGCAGGCGCCGAGUGUGGAGGUAGCUUUUCCCUCGACUUAUCGGUGGGUGUUAAAUUAAGGUAUCCGCAGUGAGUUUGGAAAAUCUUCGCUUGGAUGGACAGGAGGCGCUUGUUGCCGUGGUCAAACGUGUAGUCGCCACAUGCCAUGCUCGAAAACGUGUAGUGCAGUCGGUGUGGGUGUAGGUCGUUGUGUAAUAACGCCCUUAGUGAACACUUCAAGGGGUUGGUGAAAUAUAACAUCACGGGUGAUGAAUAAAUUAAGUUCUGUGUGUUUUUUUUCCCUUUAAUUACGAUUCCAUCUACACAGCGCGAAAGCGAUCGAACAUAUUCAAGAGUUGGAAUAUUAAACUUUCCCAAAUGAAUGCUUCAUGUAUCGUAAUACAAAGUGACAAAGAAUCAUUGUUGUAACUGUUCUUCAUCUUCAAAAGGAGAAUAAAAACCGUUCCACUGGCAAACUGUCAAUCAGCAAAACCAACAGGUUGAAGAGCGGAAAAUAAGUAUCUGCACUCGUAGGAGUUACAAAAAAUCGUUGUAGUGAAAAGUGUGCUCCAGCUGACGACAACAAAGUGUCGACUAAAAGAGGCACAGGCGCGUGAAAGAAAAAUAAACGGUUCAGAAUAUUGAAAACUGAAGCCUAAUUGAGUGAAAAACUAGAGGAUUACAAAAGAGGGCACCAACGGUUGGACUUUAGAAGUAAAACGUGCGACGUGACUUAGAACCAAAACCGCGCGAAGGAGGAAGCGAACCUCUCUCCGUGGUUCUGCUGGGACGAAAGCCCUCAGCUGGUGCUCGAUACAAACGGAUUUGUUCCAGAGCGGAGAAAUGGUACACUUGAAUGGUGGUACGAUGAACGGGCGGGUUUGAUUAAUGGAUGUUGUAAAGUGAUCUCUUGGUUUUCUUGUGAAGCGGAAAAUAGCGAAAUUCUUAGAUCGCUGCAGAACAGUUUCUGAGGCCGAACGAACUCGGGAAAAAGCCAAACUGACGGAAGAAAAAUAAACCGUUCUACCGAAAUGAAGCCGAUGAAGAGGUUACGUCACGUUGGGUGGUGUGCUUUCAUCAUAGUGGCGGCACAGGCAACUAUUUUAGCUCACGCAACUGAAAGUUCCAGUGCAACAACAGAAAAUUCGGCUGGAUACCAAACGCUGGACAAUAAUCCUCAACAAAAUUUGUACAGCACACAUGAAUUGACGGCUGCUGCGACUGCCGCAGCGCUAACCACUGCCAGCCGAGGCGCGAUUUCUUCUACGGCGGUUCCGAAGGUUCAACGAAAACGGGGUAGCGCCGGAAAGAAAAGUGUCAUCGUCAGCCAACCGACCGACAACGUAAAUAAUUCCCGCGAAUCACUUUCCCACGAGGGCAGCGAACCGCAGGUUGUUUAUGUCUCCGAUACGGCCGGCUACAUUCCGUUGACGUCAAUACAGGCUGGCCACCCCCGGGUACCAUCGGCGUACGGGAGCGAUCUGGACUCCUCUUGGCGCCCUGAUCCUUGGGAUCGAGAUUAUAAUCGGCGCUAUCGAUUCAAUAAUACCCGUGUGCAACAUAUCGAAGCAGAGUGUCAAGAUGACUACAUGAAAAUUCGCAUCGGUUUUAAUGGUUCUUUCAAUGGACUUCUCUAUUCAUCAGGUUACGCGUACGAUCCGGAUUGCAUGUACAUCAACGGAUCAGGACGUGAUUACUACGAGUUUUUAAUUCAACUGAACCGCUGUGGAACGCUAGGGAAGAACGCCAAUGGCGAUGACAGCCGCAAAAAUCCAACGAAAAAUUUCAUGUGGAAUACCGUGACAGUGCAGUACAAUCCACUCAUCGAGGAAGAAUUCGACGAGCACUUCAAGGUGACUUGCGAGUACGGGUACGACUUUUGGAAAACCGUAACAUUUCCGUUUCUUGACGUUGAAGUCGCCACCGGAAACCCCGUAGUAUUCACCCUAAGCCCACCGGAAUGCUACAUGGAAAUCCGAAAUGGAUACGGCACAAGUGGAGCCCGAGUAACCGGCCCCGUUCGGGUAGGCGAUCCUCUAACCCUGAUAAUUUACAUGAGAAGCAAGUAUGACGGUUUCGAUUUAGUAGUAAAUGAUUGCUUUGCCCACAAUGGAGCGAACAAGCGAAUACAACUGAUUGAUGAAUAUGGAUGCCCCGUGGACGACAAACUUAUAUCUCGCUUUCGUGGCAGCUGGACCGAUGGAAGUCUUUUUGAGACGCAGAUUUACGCCUAUAUGAAGACAUUCCGUUUCACAGGCUCACCUGCUCUUUAUAUCGAAUGUGACGUUCGAAUGUGUCACGGGCGAUGUCCAAGCCAACCCUGUCAUUGGAGAAAUCUGAAAGGUAUCACCAAACGAGAGGCGCAGCAGGAAACCAACUCUACGCUGUCAGAUAAUAUAAGCUUAUUCCAGUCGCUACGGGUUCUCCAAGAAGAAGAUGACGAUCAGAAGGAGAAAGAGCAAACUGCUACUGCUGCUAAACCGCAAGAUAUGUCUGAAACGUGUUUGAAGACUUCCGUGCUCUCCGCCAUGUUGGCAACAUGUUGCGUUGUGCUGUGCAUCCUCUCCGGUUCCCUGUUAGCAGCGUGUGCCAAGCUUAGGUAUCGAAAAAAGGAUGAAGCUUUUUUUAAUGCCUACGUGGGACACAAAGCUCAACUCGAUUAGAGCGACGUGGGUGCGCUUCCACGUUGGCGUCAGCAUCAAGAACUUCAGUAGCACAUAAGACUCGUAUAGGAAGUAAUCGAAAACGUACCAUUAUGUUGAUCGAUUUGAAAUAUGCCACAGGCCAGCAACGCAAAACUAUUACCGUAUUGUUGCUAUUGUAUAGCAAUAUUAUUCAAAUAUUUUGUACGUUCUCGAAAAUUCCCGUGAAUCUGAAAUUUUUAUAUAUGGGCUUCAUAUCCCAAUUUACAUCGAUUUUCCACGGCAAACAAAGAAACCUUCAAAUCGAUCAACGUAAAUCAUUCGAAUUAUGUUAUAGUUAGAAUAACAACCAUGACAUUAACAUUAGAAAAAAGGAACUGAAAGGUGCUAGUAGAUUUCUGAGCCGGUGAAAAAGUAAAUAACUGUCGCUUUUUGAUACCAACCAUUUGGAAAAACCAAAUUGAAAAGUUUGGUAUUUAAAACUGAAGAAAAAAAGUACAUUCUAAUAACAUAAAAGAAAAACAUUGAUUGCAAAUCAAUAUCUUUCGUUAUCAGGUUGGCACUGUAAUAUUAUAAUAGUAUUUCAACUAAUUUAACGACGAUCAUCAAUUUUCUUAUAAUAUCUCAUACAAAUCGAAUUGUAGGCAAUUCAUUUGUCUCCAAGAUGCAGUAUUUCAUUUCUCUACCAAAUAUAAUUACUCAUGUUUAACAUUACCUGCUUGUUAAACUCUAUGGUAAAAUAACAAACGUCCAAGAUAUUCAAAUGUCCUUUGUAAGCAUUUGUAAAAAAUGGUCUGAAUUUGGAAACAUUCAGUGAUUAUACUAGAAUAUACAUUAGAAAUAGAAAUAGCAUUUUACGAGCAGAAUUCACUCUACAACGCUGCAAUUCCUGCUUCGAAAUUUUGAACGCUGCGCUUCAUAGUUUGUGUUAGUUUGUUUUGAGGCAGGAAUUGUUCGAAUUAAUUUUAGCAUCGCUAAGGAGAAGGUGAUUUUAGGUUAGUUAGAUGUACAUAAAUCAAUUCGAAACGCUGCUUAUUGUUUAAUUCUUCUAAGAAACAUGCAAAGAUUUUUCAGGAGCUAUACAAUAAUGAAGGUUCGUCAUAGAGCGAAAAACUUUUUGUUCAACCUGCUUCUAUCUCAUCUAAUGCACUUAUAUAUCUCGCACAGCGUGGGAUGAUGAAUGCAAAUUACAAAAUAUCGUUAAUGCAUAAACCACCAAAUUGUGAAUUCUACCGUUACACAAAUGUGAUGUCUCUGGUUUCUCUUAACACAAGAAAUUUAAGUGUAAAUAAAUACCUGCCACCAAUCUACGCAUUCCCCGUGAGUGAUUAUUAAACGAUGUACCAAUUAA